AUGGGUGGGGGUAAUUACGCCACGGUUUGGCGAGGCUUCUCUAAAUUGACGGGUGAAGAGGUUGCAUUCAAGAUCAUCGUGAAGAACGAAGUAACUGCUGCAGAGGCGAAUCCGAUGCACGCAGAGAUCCUCAAGAUGGUAGACCACAAGAAUAUCAUCCAGCUCAAAGAUUAUUUCGAUGAAGAUCGAGCAUUGUGCCUGGUCCUUGAACUGGCCCAUGGGGGGGAUAUCGUGGAAAAGGUUCACAGCGAUGGGGUUUUUACCGAAGCAGCUGCCGUUCGUUACUGCAGACAGAUCCUGUCGGCACUUGCACAUUGCCACAAACGUGGGUUGGUUCAUUGUGACAUCAAGUGUGAGAAUAUUCUAUUUGCUUCACGGGACCCGGACUCCGAAUUGAAGUUAGCUGAUUUUGGUCUUGCUCAGCUACUGAGGCGACUGGUUGCCGGUCGAGGAACUCCCGAGUAUGUGGCUCCCGAAGUGAUUGAGAGUACGGGCUACGACACUUCAGCGGACAUGUGGAGUGUUGGAGUGUUGGUGUACACUUGGAUGUCUGGGGUUUUCCCUUUCUCUGUCCCGGACAGAGACAAAGAUAAUCAGCCAAUCUCACGGUGA